CAAGCUGGAUGUUUGUAACUCUGGGUGCGCCUGCCUGUAUUUUGUCUAGGUGCGUUUUAUAUAAGGAUGAUGCAUUUCUAGUUGUGUCAUAAGAGGCGGGUAGGGAACAAAAAGGAUGGUUUUGAGAUGCCCGGCUAGAGGAGGGGAAUGGCAUCAUCCUCCAGGUGAAGAGGAGGAGGAAGAAGAAGAGGAGGAAGAGGAGGAGGCACAUGUUGCUGCGACCCGCCAGAGGCGCCGUCCUUGCCCAGAGCAGACGAGGGAGAGGAGAGGCGAGGAAAGCAGAGGCAGGGCAGGGCUGACUGAGGAGGCUUCUUCUUCUUCUUCUUCCCCUCUUGGCUGAAGCUGGCUUCCAUGGUGAGGAGGAGGAGCAGGAGCCGCGAUUGGGAGCCUCCGCCCGGAGGAAGCCUGCCUGGCGGCAGCAACAGCACCAGGAGGCGGAGCUGCACCAGCGGCGGCGCGGAACUGGAGCGCCUGCCCGCGAACAUGGCGGCGGCGGCGGCGGCGGAGCAGCAGCAGCUCCUGGCCGAAGCCUGCCCUCCUGGCCCUGCUUCCUCUUCGGCAGGGUCGGCGCCUCUCUUGCCGGGGGUCUCGGUGCCGGUGCUGUUCUGCUUCUCGGUCUUCGCGCGGCCCUCGUCGGUGCCGCGCGGGUCGGGCUACGAGGCGCUGAUCCAGAAGUUCCUGAGCCUCUACGGCGACCAGCUGGACAUGCACCGCAAGUUCGUGGUGCAGCUCUUCGCCGAGGAGUGGAGCCAGUACGUCGACCUGCCCAAGGGCUUCGUGGUGGCCGAGCGGUGCAAGGUGCGCCUCGUCCCCCUCCAGAUACAGUUAACCACACUGGGCAAUCUCACUCCCUCAAGCACUGUGUUUUUCUGUUGUGAUAUGCAAGAAAGAUUUAGACCUGCUAUCAAGUAUUUUGGAGAUAUAAUCAGCGUGGGUCAACGAUUGCUUCAAGGAGCAAGGAUUUUAGGAAUCCCAGUCAUUGUAACAGAACAGUAUCCCAAAGGUCUUGGAAGCACAGUGCAAGAAAUUGACUUAACUGGGGCUAAACUUGUCUUACCCAAGACAAAGUUUUCGAUGGUAUUGCCUGAAGUCGAGGCUGCGCUAGCAGAAAUCCCUGGAGUCCGCAGUGUUGUUUUAUUUGGAGUAGAAACCCAUGUCUGCAUCCAACAGACAGCACUAGAACUGGUAGGCAGAGGUCUGGAAGUUCAUAUUGUGGCUGAUGCAACCUCUUCAAGAAGUAUGAUGGACAGAAUGUUUGCCCUAGAGCGUCUUGCUCGCACUGGGAUUAUUGUUACCACUAGUGAAGCUAUAUUGCUGCAACUGAUAGCUGACAAAGAUCAUCCCAAAUUCAAAGAAAUCCAAAACCUCAUUAAGUACAUUGAAGGAAUGGGAAGGCUCUGGAUGCAAGUCUUCUCCUCUCCGCACUUUCUCUUUUCCGUGGUCAGAGCAUGAUUUUGGAGAGGCAAAGGCUUGAGGAGGGCACCGCACUUGUGGGGAGGCUUACAAGGGUGGACCCUUCUUCUCUGGCCUCAGAAAGGGAAACCUACUUGGUGCAAUGGACCCUAGGGCUGUUCUCCUACAAACCACAAGACUGCACCCUUUCCAAGAGAAGGAGGAGAAAUGCAGCUCAGGAAUUUGAAUGUUUGGUUUUCAAUCUUGCUUCACCAAGUAUUUUGACAGAAGCCGCUCACCUCAUAGCACAGAUGUGAGGUAGAUGCUGGUUGGAGAAAGAACUGUCUUGGUUGUGGUCUCUCAGUAUGGAAUUCCUUCCCAAUGGUGCUGAUUCUCAUUUUGCUUUGUUAGUUGGCAAAGUCUUUUAUUUACACGAGUCGUUAUGUCUUUUAAAAAAAUAAUUUGUGAAAUUGUUUUAA